CCCAAUUUUAAAAUUAGUUCAAGCCCACAAAAACCCAACAAAUCUGCAACCAUAAAACGGGCCCCACCACAGGCUUCUGUCCCUCCUUUCCCAUUGUUUCUAUUCCCCCACUUCCCUCUCUGGAGCUUUCCCCGUGUUCAGCUUUUGCCCAUAGAAAAGCAUGGCCAUUCGAGGGUUUGUACUGAUUGUUGGAGGAGAUCGAUGUUGAUUUAGCUGGAUUCGAGCUUCGGACAUCGAAAGUUGCUUCCUUUCGGCUCAUCGAGAUCUGGGUAUGCUCUGGGCAUCUCAUGGACGCAGGGCAAAUGGACACAUCUGUAAGGUGUCUUAUUAACAGCAAUUCUCGGUUUAGUCAUCUGGUUAUGUGUCAGACAAGAAAGUCCCAGCAUCUUCAGCAGAUUUAUGGAAAAACAAUUGAUGUAUUAAAGUUACUAAAACCCCUGCUUGAUGAUGUGGUUGAAUGCAAAACACCAGUCUUGGAUGAAAUCCUAUACAAACAGUAUGAAGAGCUGGACAUGGCUGUUAAUAUGUCAAGGGAAUUUUUGGAAAAUUGGUCACCAAGGAUGAGCAAGAUUUGCAGUGUUCUGCAGAGCAAAUCAUCGUUGACGAAAAUUCAAAUCUCUUCACUUGAGAUAUGCCAAAUAUUAUGUAGAUUAUCACAAUCAGACCCGGCUGCAUCUAGCUUUGGUCGCAUUCAGUACACUUUGCAGGAACUUCAACGACUGAAGCUGGAAGGAGUAGCAGAUUACAUAGAAGAGUUGCUUAUGAAUCAAAGAGAUGGCAUCCUUCCUUGUGCUGAUACUGUUUCCAAUAUUAUUGAGUUGCUUAAUCUGAGAUCAAAACAGGAUUUGUUCAAAGAAAGUCUGGCAGUUGAAAAGGAGAGAAUGAGGGCUGAUGUCAAUGAAGUGAGAGGAGAAUUUGAUGAAAUUAACCAAGUUGUUCGACUUGUGUCAUAUAUACGCGACUUUAUGAUCGAAACUGACUUCUUGGAAGCAGAUGAUGGCAUGCCGAUCCCACCUUAUUUCCGUUGUCCUUUAUCCUUAGAACUAAUGAUGGAUCCUGUGAUUGUGGCUUCUGGUCAAACUUAUGAAAGGGCUUCCAUACAGAAGUGGCUUGACUAUGGCUUGACUGUUUGCCCAAAGACUCGUCAGCUGCUUACACAUACUCACCUUAUUCCUAAUUACACUGUCAAAGCUAUGGUUGAAGGUUGGUGCAAACAUAAUAACAUCAGGCUGUUCAAUAGCCUUGAGAGUCAUGUUACUGUUCCAGUUCCCAACUUGUCUGACCAUGGCUCCCCUCAAAAUUUAGUCCGCACGGAUAGUUUCAGUCGCUUUCUUCAGAGUAGCAGUUCCACUUCAAGGUCUUCUAGUGACAUUGGUAACAGAUUUGAGAAGCAGAGGAGUGAAAUUUCUUGUAGAUCAAGUGGUGAAGAAUCUAAUGGAGGGUUCUGCAGAGAGAUUGAAAGGGUUGAUAUUCAAUCUGCAGAACAAUUACAUACUCACAGUAGGAGUGAGUCGACUUCUAGUGCCAUAUCUAGUGUUGAUUAUGUUCCUCGAACUUCAAUUGAAGUAUCAACAAGAUCGAAGUUUGAAAAUUUGAGUCUGUCAUCAGAGAAAAUUUCCUCACGUCAUGUUGGUGUAAAUAAGGAUUCAGUUUUGUCACUGCACGUUUUGAGAAACCAGUCAUCUGGCUCCAAUACAAGAAUGGUGGUGGAAGGGAAUGGUAACUGCAACCAAACUGGAACAGAGUCUCCUCAGUGUUCUGAUUCUGCCUAUGAUAAUUUAACUACAUAUUCUCAUGUCAAGAUAUUGAUAGAUAAUUUAAAGAACCAAUCAAAUGAGGUACACACUAAAGCUGCUGCAGAAUUACGGUUUUUGGCAAGGCAUAAUAUGGAAAAUCGCAUCAUUAUAGGACAGUCUGGAGCUAUCACGCCAUUACUUUCAUUACUCUACUCACGAGUGAGAUACACACAAGAACAUGCUGUAACGGCAAUUCUGAAUCUCUCAAUAAAUGAGGAGAAUAAGACCAUGAUUGCAGAAGCUGGAACAAUUGAACCACUUAUCCAUGUUCUGAAAUGUGGAAGUGAAGGAGCUCGAGAGAAUGCUGCAGCGACACUGUUCAGUAUCUCUCUUCUAGAAGAAUACAAGGCCAAAAUUGGUCGCUCUGGUGCAGUUAAGGCACUGGUGGAUCUUCUCGGUUCAGGGACUCCCAGAGGGAAGAAAGAUGCAGCCACUGCUCUUUUCAAUUUGUCUAUCUUUCACGAAAAUAAGGCUCGAAUAGUUCAAGCAGGUGCAGUGAAGUAUCUCAUUGAAUUGAUGGACCCAGAUACUGGAAUGGUGGACAAGGCUGUGGCUCUUCUUGCGAACCUGUCAACGACUGGAGAAGGGCGCUUGGCGAUUGUGAGGGAAGGGGGUAUUCCCUUGCUAGUUGAGGUCAUCGAGUCUGGAUCUCAUAGGGGAAAGGAAAAUGCAGCCUCAGUAGUGCUGCAACUAUGCCUCAAUAGUCCCAAGUUUUGCACCCUAGUUCUCCAAGAAGGAGCUGUACCCCCAUUGGUUGCUUUGUCUCAAUCUGGCACUCCAAGAGCAAAGGAAAAGGCACAGCAGCUACUUGGUCACUUCCGAAACCAGCGAGAAGGGGCCAUGGUCAAGGGGAAGUCUUGAAAUGAGGAAAUGUUUGGCUUUUGAUAUUAUUUCCAUGUUGAUUGCGCUCUUUCAAGAAAUUCAUUCAGGAGGUUUGGGUAUUUGUUUUCUGCCAAUAUGUAUAUAAAUUAAUGUGCUUGUAGAUCUUUUCAAUCGGGGGGCACACAAUUUGCUUUUGAAGCGACUCUUGGGUUGCUGUCCGUAGCAUGCUUGAUGUUGCACUGUGAAACAUGGGUUGGGGUUUAAAGUUUGAGAUCGAGUCGUUGUCUUUCCCUUUACAGGCAAUAGUUUGGCCAACAGUCUUGUAUAUUCUUUUUGUACAUAUGUACAAAGCGCACAUUGUUUUUCUAUGAGAUUGAGAACAUUAUUUUCAA